UUUUUUUUUUUGUAUAGAUCAUGACAGAGGACAAUAUAAAAGUUCUUGUGACAGGUUCUACCUAUGGUAAAUUUAAAGAAUUGUUUACCAAAGUAAAGCAAAUACACGAAAAAUACGGUCCUUUUCAUGUCCAUUUGUGCACAGGUGAUUUCUUUGACGCGGACACACCUCAAGCAUCCAUUGAUGCCUUGUUACAUCACCAAAUAGAUAUUCCAUUGACCACUUAUUUUAUCAAUGGCAGCCAACCUCUUCCAGACAUGGUACAAAAGCACUUGGAAGCAACUGACGGAGAACUUUGUCCCAACCUGUAUUAUCUCGGUAAACAAGGUGUCUUGACUACAUCAGAAGGACUUCGAAUUGCAUUUAUUUCAGGCCAAUCAAAUGAGACCGAAUCGUCUGCUUCUGCUUAUACACAAGCCGAUGUACAGAAAUUAUGCUUGACUCACAUACCUGUCAGUUCACCACCUGGCGUGGACUUACUGCUGUCUUAUCAAUGGCCUGAAGGGAUUGACAAUCUCAGUCAAGCACCCAUUCAUCCAUCUGAUUCGUCUCCUUGGAUAGCUGAAUUAGCCACUGCUUUAAAACCUCGGUAUCAUUUCGCUGCUUCUCAUCCUCAGUUUUAUGAGCGAGAGCCUUACAAGAAUAUCAUGGCUGGAUUACCCGAGGAAAGACCUGCACUACAUGUCACUCGAUUCAUUGGUCUGGGUCAUGUCUUGAAUACAGAAAAGCAGCGUUGGUUUUAUGCGUUUAAUUUAGUACCCCUUUCAAAAUUACCUAAAGAGGCAUUAGAGACCUUACCAGACAAUACAACAGAAUGUCCAUUUGUGUCAAAUAAACGCAAAUGGGUGGAUCAAGAGGAAGAUCAAGGCUUCUUUUGGUCCAAAGAAGCCAAGCGAGUCAAAGGCAGUCAACCACCUCCUGGCUAUGUCUGUAAACGAUGUAAAGUAGAAGGUCAUUUUAUUAAAGAUUGUCCUAUGGGCAACACAACUCCUCCUGAAGGUUAUGUCUGUAAACACUGUCAAGGAUCAGAUCAUUUUGUGCAUCAAUGCCCUCAUACAACCAAGCCUACCUUGGAUUCUUGUUGGUUUUGCUUAGCAAAUCCAAAACUAGAGAAGCAUUUGAUUGUAUCGAUUGGAAAUGAACUCUACAUGACACUUGCCAAGGGACCUGUGAUUUCACAAGGAGGUGUACCAGGCAAAGGUCAUGUUUUGUUGAUUCCCAUUACACAUUAUCCUACAUUUGGACUUGUUCCACAAGAAUCACAAAAGGAUGUCAUUACAGAAUUAGUCAAGUACAAGAGCAGUCUUCGUCAGUUAUUUAAUGCUUAUGAUCAAGACAUGGUUGUGUUUGAAGUCUCAAGAGAUUCUCAGCGUGGUUUAUCCCAUGCUCAUUUACAAGUAGUUCCUAUUCCUAAAGACAAAGCAGAUCAAGUGGAACGAGUCGCAAGAGAAUUGGCUGCUGCUCAUCAGGUUGAAUGGGUGGAUAAAGUGCCUCAAAACCCUCGUAUUCCUUAUUUUAAGCUGGAUUUACCUAAUGGUCAAUCUUUAGUGCAUGUAAUACAGCCUAGAGAACGCUUUAAUUUACAGUUUGGAAGAUUGGUAGUAGCCACUGUAUUAGGUUUACCUGAAAGAGAAGAUUGGAAGGCUUGUAGUGAGACAGAAGAAGAAGAGAAAGAGAAUGCUACACUUUUUAAAGAAGCAUUCAAAGCCUAUGAUUUUUCUUUAACUCAAUAAAAUCCAAGAAAUAAAAACGCCGCUUAAAAAAAAA